AUGCCGAAACUCAAAGAUAAUAUCAUCGAUAAAGGCACCUCGUUUGUCAACCACUUCACUACUACAGCCAUCUGCUGUCCAGCCCGUGUGUCACUUUGGACAGGAAAACAGCCUCAUUCAACAAACGUCACGGACGUAAGCCCGCCAUAUGGUGGCUAUCCCAAGUUCGUCUCCCAAGGUCUUAAUGAGAACUAUCUACCUGUCUGGCUGAGCGAAGCGGGCUACAAAACCUACUACACCGGAAAGCUCUUCAAUUCUCAUACAAUCAAUAACUACAAUUCGCCAUAUCCCGCAGGAUGGACCGGGACUAACUUUCUUCUUGACCCUGGGACUUAUGACUACUUGAAUCCGAUCUAUCAGCGUAACCAGGAGGCUCCAGUCCAUCACAAAGGAGAGCAUACUUCAGACCUGAUUGCCAAGUAUACACACGAGCUUCUGGAAGAAGCGAUUGGAUCAAACAAUCCAUUCUUUGUUGCCAUUGCCCCCAUUGCGCCGCACUCAGAUAUCAAGGUCGAUCGGGUGUCUGGAAGUGCUAUGACGAUACCCAUUCCUGCCGAGAGACACUCACAUCUCUUUGAAGGAGUCAAAGUACCGCGUACUGAAAACUUCAAUCCAGAUUCUCCCAGUGGAGUGAGCUGGAUCAAGGAACUCAAGCAGCUCAACGACUCAUCUGUGUCGCACCUCGAUGAUUACUAUCGUGCACGUCUUCAAGCUCUUCAAGGCGUCGACGAGAUCGUGGAGCAGGUUACCCAGCAACUGGAAGACGCUGGUCUGCUUAAUGAUACCUACAUCAUUUACAGCUCCGACAACGGUUAUCAUCUUGGCCAGCACCGGCUACCUCCUGGAAAGGAGUGUGGUUUUGAGGAGGACAUUCGUGUACCUCUUUUCAUCAGAGGUCCAGGCGUUUCUUCCGGUGCCGUGGAGAAGGCUGUGACGACUCAUAUCGACCUGGCACCUACCAUACUCAAGCUUGCAGGCGUUGAGUUGCGACAAGAUUUCGAUGGUACUCCUAUUCCAGUGACGGAUGGGGAGGGAAAGCGUCAUGAACAUGUCGCUGUUGAGUACUGGGGUGUUGCCAUUGCCGAGGGCGGAUUUGCUGGCUUAGGCACGGGCCGAGGGCCAAAUCCAGCUUGGUGUAAUAACGAGCACGAGCUCUACGAUGUCAAGACGGACCCAGGACAACUGAACAAUCUCUUCCCCGUUGAUGGUAAAGCGACUGCCGACAAGGCUUUCCUGGGAACUACCGUCCAGCAAGUCGUCAACCGCCUUGAUGCUUUGAUGCUGGUGUUGAAGUCCUGCAAGGGAAACAAGUGCAUCGAGCCGUGGAAGACGCUUCAUCCUGACGGCAAUGUGGCGAACCUCAAAGAUGCUCUUCGGGGCAAGUUCGAUAGCUUCUAUGAGGAGCAGGUAAAGGUCCGGUUUGAUCGUUGUGAAGAUGGAUAUUUGAUCGCUGCUGAGGGACCGCAGGUUGGAUAUGAGUAUCGUGAGGGCUUUGAGUGGCAUCAUUGGACUUAG